AUGUUCGAAGCGCGGCUUGCUCAGGGUUCAAUUUUUGCUAAAGUCAUCGAAGGUUUACGUGAACUUGUAACAGAAGCGACAUGGGAAUGUAGUGGAAAUGGCAUUACGCUUCAAGCAAUGGACAGUUCACACGUGGCUUUAGUUUCGUUAGUACUAAGAAGUGAUGGUUUCGAAACGUAUCGUUGCGAUCGUAAUAUGAGUCUUGGAAUUAGUUUAACAAGUAUGUCAAAAGUAUUGAAAAUGAUGGGCAAAGAUGAUACUUUAACCAUACGUGUAAACGAUGACUCAGAUGCUAUUGUUCUUUCCAUGGAAUCGCAAAAUCAAGAAGAAUUUGCUGAAUAUGAAUUACGUUUAAUGGAUCUUGAUAGUGAACAUUUGGGUAUACCAGAUACAGAUUAUAGUUGUGUGGUUAAAAUGCCAAGUACAAAAUUUUCACGUAUAUGUCGUGAUAUGGCUAUACUUGGUGAUAGUGUGACGAUAUGUUCAACAAAAGAUGGUGUCAAAUUUGGAGCGAAAGGCGAUGUUGGACAAGGUAGUAUACGCUUGAAUCAAUCAACAAAUGUUGACAAAGAAGAAGAUGCUGUUAGCAUUGAAUUGCGAGAAGCUGUUGCUUUGACAUUUGCCGUUCGUUAUUUGAAUAUGUUUUGUAAAGCAGCACCAUUAUCAAAUCAAGUCAAUUUGAGUAUGUCAGAAGAUACUCCACUUAUGUGUGAAUUUAAAGUUGGUGAUAUGGGUCAUAUUCGAUUUUAUUUAGCACCAAAAAUUGAAGAUGCAGAAAAUUAA